UCUAUCUAUAUUAUAAAUAUCCUUCAAAACCCAUUACACAGAGAGACCUUAGAAGGUUGAAAUGGCUGUCAAACAAACCAGUUCUAAGAUAAAACCAUUCACUCUCUGUUUCCUCUCUUUCCUCUUUCUCUCUCUAACUCUCUUUCUUCUCCUAACACUAAAUUUCCAACCAAGGCUGCCUCACCAGGACGACAUUGGCUUCCUCCUUCGCCACGAUGAGUACCCCGAGGUCACCCUCCGUCCGGCGAAUAAAACACCUAGAUGGUACAGUGUGGUUGCUCAAGAGGCCAAGAGAAGAAAAAUCAAGGUUGGUCUGGUUAACAUUGAUGAUCAUCAAAGAUUAGGUCAAAAUGAUGAACAGUUUCUGCAUGGAUUAGCAGAGAUGAUCACCGUUGGAUUUGAUCGUGUGGAUGAUGAUCUCCGGUGGGAAGACUUCUUUCCUGAAUGGAUCGAUGAAGAUGAAAAGUGGGCUACACCAACGUGCCCGGAAAUCCCAAUGCCGCGGUUCGAGGAGUACGGUGAGAUGGACGUGGUUGUAGCUAGGGUUCCAUGUGGUGGCGAUGGCGGUGACGAUGAUGGUGGUGGUGUUAGGAAUGUGUUUAGAUUACAAGUUAAUCUAAUGGUUGCUAAUUUGUUGGUGAGGAGUGGGUGGGAAAAUAAUCAGGAUCGGACGGUGUAUGCUGUGUUUAUCGGUUCAUGUGGGCCCAUGUGGGAGAUUUUUAGAUGUGAUGACUUGUUAUGGAAUGAAGGGGAGUAUCGGGUGUAUAAGCCUGAUUUGAGAAGAUUAAAACAGAAGGUGAUUAUGCCUAUUGGUUCAUGUCAGCUUGCUCCUCCUUAUGCUGAGCCAGGUAGGGAGGUAUGGAGGCGCUAUGCAUCCCACUCAGUACAAAACAUCACUCCUCAAAGGCCAAGAGAGGCAUAUGUGACUAUCCUCCAUUCCUCAGAAACCUAUGUUUGCGGUGCAAUAGCUUUGGCUCAAAGCAUAAUCCAAACCAACUCCACCAAAGACUUAGUCCUUCUUGCAGAUGACUCCAUCUCUCGAAAAUCACUUCAAGGGCUUAGGGCAGCUGGAUGGAAGGUCAAGCACAUUGACCGCAUUCGAAGCCCAUAUGCAAGAAAAGAUGCCUAUAACGAAUGGAACUACAGCAAACUUAGGGUUUGGGAGCUAACAAACUAUGACAAAGUCAUUUUCAUAGACGCUGACCUCAUAGUUCUCAAGAACAUGGAUGGUUUCUUUGUGUAUCCACAGCUUUCAGCUAUUGGCAAUGAUAAGUUUUUAUUCAACUCAGGGGUGAUGUUGGUUGAGCCAUCCAAGUGCACAUUUGAAACCCUAAUGGAGAAAAGGUACAGAGUGGCUUCAUAUAAUGGGGGUGACCAAGGUUUUCUCAAUGAAAUGUUUACAUGGUGGCACCGGUGGCCUUCAAAGGUGAAUCAUCUCAAGAUAUCUAUAGGGGAUCACAAUAAGGUACAUGAUCAAAUGAUCCCUGAGAAUAUAUAUACCAUACAUUACUUGGGUUUGAAGCCAUGGAUGUGCUAUAUGGACUAUGAUUGUAAUUGGGAUAUGUUGGACCGCCAUCGUUAUGCGAGCGAUGCAGCUCACCAGAGGUGGUGGCAGGUUUACAAAGCCAUGCCGAAGAGGCUACAAUCGUAUUGUGCACUUAGUGAAGGAAUGGAUGCAAGGAUAAGAAAGUGGAGAAAGAGAGCUAAGGGUGCUAAUUUUCCUGAUGGGCAUUGGAAGAUCAAGGUGAAAGACCCUAGGCGACUUCACUCCUGAUGUUUGUAUUUGUAAAUUAACAAAGAUUUGAGGGUUCCCUCCAAAGGAAAGGUUCUGAAGAAUGAAUACCAUUAGACAUAGAAUUUUUUUUUUUUCUUUUCAAAAUCACAACUCAAUGGUGAUCUUUGAAAAAGCUACACCAUCUUAAUUACAUAUUUCACAUGCAAAAAGAAUUGCAUAUAGGUCCCUUUUGUAUUUCGAUUGUUGAUUGAUUAAAGUGCAAAUGUAAAGAUUGAACACACAUACCACAUGCGUAUAAGGUCCCUUAUCUUUCUUCCUUUCUUUGAUUCUUUUGAUGUGGUUUUUAACGUGAGAAAAUCU